UCAUUAGGAAAUAAUCAAUCGCAGAAUAAAUAGCAAUUAUACAAUUAACUAACACGUAACAUGAGCAGUGAUUAAUUAUUUCGAUUACAAUAAAAAUAAUAACAGAAAUGGGUAGCGAGGAGUGCCAAACCUUGCACAUGGAAGGCAAUAACUUUAAAUCUCUUCAAGAGCACAUAAACAAGUUGACUGAGAACCAGAGCAGCAUCAUAACAAAAUUCGACUUUUUGACCAGAAAUGUGGACGAUUUGCGAAAGAUUUUGGGCCAGCUUUCGGAGAAAAUUGUGUCGCUGGAAGAAGUGGCUAUGGACAGAAGAAAACUUAGGUCUGAGAUUAAGGUCUUGAAGACUAGAAUAGAUGAGUUAUAUGCCAUAGUCAAGGAAGGAAAGGAAGACGAAUCCUUGCCUAGUGAUGAUGUUCAGGACGUGGAGUCUUGCCAUUCGGGGUUUUCGUGUUCUUCUAAGGUAACCAUGACGACCGGUUUGGAUCGGGACACGAUCCGCUCAGCGUACGAGGACGUGAGGUCCGACGCUACUCCCACAGAAUGGGCUGUGUUCAAGUUCGACGGAGCACGCAUUGUAUGCUCAGCGAGGGGCAGCGACUUCACAGAGUUCCGUACACAGUUCUCAGACGACGACCGUGCGUUUGGUUACCUUAGGUUGCAGAUGGGCGACGAAAUGUCAAAACGUAAGAAAUUCAUGUUCGUCACUUGGGUAGGGCCCAACGUUUCAGUCAUCAACCGGGCCAAGAUGUCCACCGACAAAGCCAUCAUCAAGGAUAUUAUCUCUAAUUUUGCAGUCGAGUUGCAGUUGGAAAGCCAAGCUGAAAUAGACAUCGACCAAUUCAAAGAUGCCUUGAACAGAGCAGGUGGCGCAAACUACGGGACCGGAGUGAGGGACUUAUGAAUUGCUCAGUAAAAUAAAACUGCCACUCUUGCCAGCAUUUAUUUUGUCCGUACCUAUAAAUUUUUUAAUGAAAAAGAUAAUUAAAAAAUGAAUUUGAUAACAGAAAAGUUUUCAAAUCAGUGGCAAGAGUUUAUUUUUUAUUAAAAAUUAAGCUAAUCGGGCCCCAAAUUACUUUUUAUACGAUAGUCAUGUGCUUUCAGUUAUUGUACGUAACUAUGUCGUUGUAAAUUAAUAAUUUAAUUGAAAAAACUUUAUUUUUUCGAGUUUAAAACUUAUUUAUUUUUGUUUACAAAGAAAUAAUAAAUUGGCAUUGUACCUCAAUUAUGUUUUCGGAUUGUAAUAAAAGUGCGAAUAACUGUAAUACAAGGCAUUGUGCAAUUAUUAUUUCGGUAUAGUAAUAUAGUAAGGUUUUUGCCAAAAAUAUUAGCAAAUGUUGCCAUGUAGAAGGCGCUACUAAGUGCAUUUAUUUUUUGUCAACAUGUAUUUUAUGACAAUGUCAAAAUUUUACAAUGUAUUGUAUACAAAAUUUGGAUUUUAUGGGCUUUAUACAUUGAAUAGUGUUAUUAUUACCCAGCAUUAUUAUUGGUAAACCAACUGAAAUAAAUACAAAUAACCAAACAACAA